AUGUUUUCUGACGAGGAAAUAAAAGAAAGCGGCCUGACGAGACCCGGUGAUGAGCUUAUAAGUAUACACGAGGUAUGCUUGGUUGACAAGUAUGAUAAGAAGGAUUUUGGGUUUAACAGCGAACCGCUCUUAUUUAAUUCCGGUCGCAGUAACCUGGACCACCUACGUUUCUUCCGGGAUGGUUUCCUCGAAGGUCUGGAGCAUCAGCAGGCGAAGUUCGCGUGGACGGAGGAAGACGGGAAUAUCGCUUCGCUGGUCUCCGCCCCUGGUUUCGGUACUGGCUCCACCUUUGGGAAGGAACUUGAAGCCGAUCUUAGCAACGAUUUGAAGGAAGCCGAUACCUCGAGUCCAUCUAUAGAAAAGAAAAAUAAUGGACUCAUAUUUACACCUAAGCCUUACGUCGAACCUAGCACGGUGUCAUCCACAUCAGGAACAAGCAAUGCAGAUGCGGAACGACCGAAGGGCAAGAAUGCCUGCAAAAUUGACAAAAAAGAUCCGCGGUCGAGGCUGCACUUUGUGAAAUAUAUCAAGAGACAUGGACGCACUAUCAAACUAUGGGAAUGCGGGAUCUGCAGCCGUGAGUUCCAACACCAAUACACGCUGAUGCGCCACCUGCCGACGCACACGGACGAGCGCAACUACCACUGCGACGAGUGCUCCAAGAGCUUCAGGCAGCUGUCGACCCUCAGCCAGCACCGGGCGAUACACUCUGCCGAGCGGCCGUACGCUUGCGAGGUGUGCAACAAAACGUUCAACCGCGUAUCGACCCUGAUCUCCCACCGCAAGACCCAUUCCGACGAGAAGCCCUACAAGUGCCACAUGUGUCCUAAAGGCUUCCAUCAGAAAGGAAACCUCCGCAAUCACUUGUUCACGCACACCAACGAGCGUCCUUACCGCUGCAACAUCUGCCACAAGGGCUUCAACCAGCAGUCCAAUCUGGUUUGUCAUAAGAAUAAGGCACAUCCUGAUGAAAAUGGGGAGACUAUCAGCAUUGAUAAAAUCUGGUGUCAGAAUUAUCGACAAAAACCGGCCAAGACGAAACCACCCAAGUCGAGAUCUCCACCAGAACACUGCGAAGUAUCAUCAUCAGUCGGGCCGUACAUACCACCGGAGUCACUCAAGCCUUGGGACCAAAGUGACAGCGCGUGGGGCAACGGUGUGAUAGUCGACCCGAUAAAGACGUAUCACAUGGGCGUUGCCAUGGCAACCAGGCAGACGCCGUUCGCGCUGCUGCAAUCGGAUAGCGGGCUGCCGGUGCUGGUGAAGGUUGUGGAUACGAAACUGCCAGGGGGAAAACAGAUGCUGGUACCUGCGACGGCGGAAGACCUACGCGUUGGCGGUAAAAUUGUGCUGAAGGAAGACGAAUUUGAUUCGAAGACGCUGCCGGCGUCUGGCGGCGUGCAGAUCCGCGUGCCCGUGGUGGCGACGGUGGUGCCGCGCAUCCGGCCCGGCGGCGGCCUGCACCUCGCCGUGCGCGAGCCGCACACCGCCUACCGCGCCGCCGCCGCGCCCGCCUGUCGAAAUAACGGCGAACCCUGCAUGAGCCAGCAGCCACAUACCUCGUCGUGCCAUAAAAUGUUGGAUAAUCUGAAUGCCAAAGACACUAAUAAUAAUGAAUCUGAGAGAUCAGGUCCCAUUAUCACGUCUUCCUGCUCCUUGCUGCCGCCGGCGCCGUCGCCGCCCUUGGAUUUCAUUCCUCUGGACUUGUUUGAACCGAUGGAGUGUAUGCCUAUGGGCCCUCAAAUAACUGCUGUGGAUAUUGACCAAUCUCCGCCGUCAGAUGACUCGGAUAUAUUCAUCACUAAAUUUGAGGAAAGCAUUCCACUCUCCGAUUCUGAUUAAACGAAUGUGUUUACUAAGAUGACUGCAUGUAGAAAUAUAUUGUUUUAUUAAUUCUAAGAAACAACAACACAAGUGUU